CUGGGUCUUCUGUUCUGUUUGUUGCUCUGCAUGUUUUUUUGUACCAGAACUAUGCCACUUUUGUCAUUAUGAUUCUUUAGCAUAAUUUGUUUUGUUUUCCAGACAGGGUUUUCCAUUUGUGGCUAUGACUGUCCUGGAACUCUGUGCCACCAUGGCCUGGCUUCUUCAGUAUAAUUUGAGGAAGGAACAUGAGGUUUCCCCCGGAGGUUGUUCAAGAGGACGAUGGAAGGAGCCAUUUAAAAUAGAGUAAAGACUACCAGGCUGCAAGACUGGGGCCUGAGGGCUGGCAGUGGAAAACUCUGUUGGGCUGUGAUCUCUCACUGAAAAGUCCCAAGUGCCUUUUUGCUUCCUGCAAAAGGAAGGAAGACAAGAAGGAGACCAUGUCUAUAGCCCUGAAGCAGGUGUUCAACAAGGACAAGACAUUCAGGCCCAAGAGGAAGUUUGAACCGGGCACGCAGAGGUUUGAGCUACAUAAACGAGCUCAGGCAUCCCUCAACUCAGGCGUGGACCUGAGGGCAGCUGUGCAGUUGCCCAGCGGGGAGGACCAGAACGACUGGGUGGCGGUGCACGUGGUGGACUUCUUCAAUCGCAUCAACCUCAUCUACGGCACCAUCUGUGAGUUCUGCACGGAGCGGACCUGCCCUGUGAUGUCAGGGGGCCCCAAAUAUGAGUAUCGGUGGCAGGACGACCUCAAGUAUAAGAAACCAACUGCACUGCCAGCUCCCCAGUACAUGAACCUGCUCAUGGAUUGGAUUGAAGUCCAGAUCAACAAUGAGGACAUAUUUCCAACGUGUGUUGGUGUUCCCUUCCCAAAGAACUUCCUUCAGAUCUGCAAGAAGAUCCUUUGCCGCCUUUUCCGGGUCUUCGUCCACGUCUACAUCCACCACUUUGACCGCGUCAUCGUGAUGGGUGCAGAGGCUCACGUCAACACCUGCUACAAGCACUUUUACUACUUCGUCACGGAGAUGAACCUCAUAGACCGGAAGGAGCUGGAGCCCUUGAAAGAGAUGACAACCAGGAUGUGUCACUAACACCCCACCUCAUCUUCCAGAAGAGAGGAACCCUGUUUCUCCCAAGAGUCCCCACGGGACAGGAAGUGGUCCUCCCUGGCUGACAUGAUCCCUACUUCCAGGAGCAGGAACGCCGAAGCCCCGCCAGGACUUCUGAAAGACAUCUCCUACCCAUUCCAUGUGCUCUUACCCUUUAAGUGCUGCUAGCCAGAGCCUGUGGGCCAUGCAGACCACAGCACGAAGGACCAGCCUUAACCCCUUCGGCUGAGGACAGUGCAGGAGAGGCCACUGCCCUUCGCCCGUGGCACACUUCUGCCUGGGAGCUGCCCCCUAGGCUGUACUGGAAUUCAGGUUUUAAGACUGAGAGGCUUGUUGCGGUGGUUCUUGUUAGGCUUUUGACUCACUUCUCUGUCACUUAUUUGUCUAAGUACCAAGCAAAUUUGGAGAACGUUUAGGCGGUACAUUUUCCUAUGCCGUCUCUCCACAAUUUCCCUAAGCCAUUGAGCCCUGGCUUUGGGGCUUAGGGGACUGGUAGCUAGGAAAGGCCUGCAGUUCUGGAACCAUCUACCAUUUCCCUUGUAGGUGGCUUCACCAGGGGCCAGUUAAUGGCUACAUGAUGUAUGCCCCAGGCAGGCAUUCACAGGCUAACAACGGGAAGAAUCUGGUUGCCCUAGUCAGAAGGUAUUCUUCAUAGCCACAGCCAUUUCUAGACUCUUCCAUUAGAGAUAAGCUUUCCCAUUUCCCAGAAGAGAAAGAUAAAGUUAAAAAUGACCUCUAGGAUCCUUGAGCCAGAUUAGUGCAGUGUUUGCUAAGGGGUAGUGAGUCCUAGCUGUCCCUACACAGUGUAAUACUAGGGUCUCAGUGACAAGAGAAAAAUACAGUUGUUAUUUGGUACAUGUAGAUUAACUACUCAACUUGUGGCCUUUCCAACUUGACCCCAGAGAUUCUUCUCCUCCCCAUUUUCCUUUUCUCUCCUCCCCAUUUUCCCUCCCUAUUCUCCUUAUUCUCACUCCAUUUCUUCCUCAUUCUCUCCUUAUUUCUCCCCAGUCAUCCCACCAGACGAUGACACAGAGUUAAUUUCUGUUGAGUGCUACGGUCACCAAGGUCUUCCUGUUAUCCAUUCAAGUUUAUCCCUUCCAGCAGUCAGAAUAACCAUUCUGUGCUCUCUCUUGCCUUUAGGUUUAGUAAAUGAAAUGUUGCCUUCUCUGAUUCAUUGACAAAACUGUGGUUCUAACAGCUUGACUAAGAAGUACCCUACUUCCCAUGAUAUUGAUUUCAGUGAAGUGUCAGUUGGUGAAGGGAAGUAGAUAUGAAUGUGUUCUUGUAGUUAAAGUAAUAACAAAGGAUGACUAAGUUAAUCUGAUGUUACUUAGUAUACAUAAUAUGUUAAAGCCAUCUGUGGCCACCACAAAGGCCUAGAAAGCAUGACAUCUUUGUCUAAAUGAUGAAAAGGCCGACUGUAUGGACUGAGUGACAUUGUGCACGAUGGAACUGUGCAGAACAACCCUUCCUUCCUGUCUCGUGGAUGUCUUGUGAAGCCAUCGUUACCACUUUGAUGGUACUGGCUUGCUCCAACCUACAGCAACUUUGUUUCUUUUCUCCCUAAGUAAUGUUUAGAGGCCAAGAUAAGCAAUGCUUUUUUGGUUUGGGUUUGGGUUUUUUGUUUGUUUGUUUGUUUUGGGGGGGUGUUUGGUUUUGGUUUUUGUCAGUAUCACUUUGGGCUAAAAGUAUUAUCUAAGGGCCCAGAUAUAAUAACACACCACAUGGGAUGCAGGAUAGUGGCCCUGAGAAAUGGCAGGUCAUUCCACAAGGCCUUGGGGAGUGUGUGUAGCUAUGUGCCUUUAACAACUGAAGGACUUACUCCCCUUUGUGCCUAUAUUUUAGUAAUGCUUAGUCCCAGGAGAAGCCCGACUUUGAAGAUAUUUGUCAUUUCUUUCUAAAGUUAUUUCCUACCAAUUAUUUGUGUAUAUGAAAUUUCCAUUUAGCUUAAGACAUCCAAUUAUUUUUAAUUCUUGGAACAAUCUUCUCUGGCUUGUAUUGCUAAUUGCACUAAUCAGCUCUUAAGGUCUAGCCAGCUGCUCUGCUUUUUUAAAGUACAGGGUGUUCAUCUUUCUACAGAACUUUGUUUAGCAAAUUCUGAAGAAAAAAAUCCUCACGAGUUGCUUUUAAGCCUUCGGCCUGACCCUAUCUUCCAUACAUCUGUAUUGUGAAUGGGAUAUCCUUGCAACCUCUAGGACAGCUCCAGGCCUGUUUCUGUCUCCUAACCUUAUUCUUUCUCCUUUUCUGCAUUUAUUUUAAUUUUGGGAAAAUUCAAAGUUGAAAGAUUAUAAAUGUUCUUGAGUGUACCAAGCAUUAGCAUAUCACCUCAUUUUCUUUCUCACUAUAAAUGCAGUCAUUACAGAACCAUCAAAAACAAAAAACAAAUUCCGGUCAUCAUAAAGUUUUAAAAUAUUUUAUCAUUCAUACCCCUCCUCAUCUUCAAUGUCAUCAACUACAGAGCCAGAACAUUAAUGCUGUGCAUGUUUGAUAGACAACCCAUGGUUCAAAUUCUGCCUCAAAAAAUUCCUUGUAGUUGAUUUUUCUUAAAAAAAAAUCUAGAUAUAAUCAAAAACUACACUUUGCAUUUAAUUGCCAUUAUUUUCAUUUCCAUUAAUGGAUUAUCACCCUCCCUCCUACCCCCGCUGCAUACAUGCGCGCUCGCGUGUGUGUGUGUGUGUGUGUGUGUGUGUGUGUGUGUGUGUGUAUUUGUGUGGGCUGUCUUUUAUGACUGGAUUUACUAAACAAAUGCAAGCUGGUUUUAAUAUGGCAGUGUGCCCACAUUCCGAAGGAAUACUUUCUGCUUAUUUCCUCAUAGUGAGAGUUAGGUUAAACAUGUCAAGGUUAAGAGUGUUCACAGUGUUGAUGUAUCGUCCUUGCAACAUGAGAGAAAAUGUUAAUGUCUGAUUGAAGAUUAAUCAGUGGGUUCAAGGGUUAUCUGCCUCUGAGCCAAUCAAGUUCCAUAAUUCAUUGUUAAGCUCUGAAAUUCAAUACACACACCAUGUCUAUAAUAUGAAGUUCAAUGUGUAUACUUCACAUCUUAAUGUUAUCAGAGACCAUGAUUCCUGAUAUUAAAUCCUUUGCUGUGGAUGGUACAGCAGUGUGACAAGCGUGAGACCUUUCCACUUAAGAUGAAAAGGAAGCAGGAAUAUUUCAUUUGCAAAGAAUACAGAAGAAUGUUGGCUUAUGAAUGUGUAUGAUCCUACAGCCAGAGGUGAAGUGUGUGUGUGUGUGUGUGUGUGUGUGUGUGUGUGUGCAUUGUUUCUCUUUCCCUUAGUGACUUCCCAUUCAGCCCAUGGUUUACUCAUUGAGCUCAGCUCAUAUAUUAUGAGACACCACUCUUACAUCGCCCUUGGCAUGCUGAAACUCACUAUGUAGACAAGGCUGGCUGUGAACUCAUUUGCCUCUGCUUCCUGAGUGUUGAGAUUAAAGGCGCCCACCACCAUAUUCAACUGCCCAUGUAUUCUAAUAGAGGGUGACUACUAAUUAUUUUUGAAAACAUAUUAACUUUCACAGUUUGUCGUCUCUCUCCAAAAGAGGUAAUUGGGAAUGGAGGUUUGUUUGUUUGUUUGUUUUUGUUUUAGAUUUUUAUGAACUUGGGCACAGUCUAAGAGGCCAUACAUUUUUAUAUCAACCAUAUUAAUAAGAUAUUUCCAAUCUGUCCUCUGGGGUUAAGAUCUGAACUUGGGAUACACUGUGGAAACAUUAAUCCUUCCACUUCUGUUCCCCAAGACAGCCCACAAGCCCCUCAUCCAGGCCCCCUUACCUCUAGGCUUCUUUUGGGUCCAGCCAAUGGAAAUAAUGGAAAGUAUAGAUUAAAUUACUGAUCUAGAUUAUUUUUCUGCUUCUUAGGCUGUUGAACAUCUCUUCCCUGAAUGUUCUAUUUCUUUUCUUGGAACUAGGGUGAAUGGAAGGAACCUCAGAGCUUCCUGAUUUAUUCUUCCUAUCAUACAAUCAUUCCAGCAACAUUCCAGGUAGAACACGUUCUGCUUUUACAGAUGGUCAGGCACAGAACUACAGAAUCCUCUGUAGAACCAACUGAAACUUGACAGCCUUUGAAACCUUCCUUCCAACCCAAGCCAAAUAGUCCUUUUGAGCUCCAGCCUUUGUCUCAUGCCCUCUACCUAGAAAGGUCCAGAGACUAGUCAGUGGUAGCAAAUGGUUAAUAACAGCUUUACUCGCACACUAGUGAAAAACAUGAAGACUUCCUUCAGAAGUCUCCCAAUGGAGGCACCCCCUCAGAAGUUUGCCAUUAAGCAUUUCUAUGGUUGAGCUAUAAACUCAAAAGCUCUCCCUGUGUCUGUGUCACAGACAUUACACACUGUGAACUGAUAAAUUAUAUCUUCUCCAGACCCUUCCUUUUUUUUUAAUAGUCCUGGCUAUAAGAAAUCUUUGGAUGUUUUUAUUUCAGUUGACUCUAUGGAAAUCUUUAAGUUAUCUUAACCGUUCUAAGUUUCCUUUCUUCCUACGUGUAACAUCUUUCAUCAUAACACAACUGUUCGGGUUUGGUUUAAAUUUUCCUUAGCUGAAAAAAAUUAAGGAAUUCAGUUUCUGCCAGUCCACCAUUUACCCAGCCCAUUGUCACUGACGGAAGCAUGUCACUUCCAAUAGUCCCUUAGCCUAAAGGAUACCAUGCUAAGAAAAAGAAACAGCGUGUCUUCAAGAAAUGCCAGAGGCAUCAUUUGGAUAGUAUUGUCAUUCUAGCUCUGAUAUUUUGGCUUUAAAGAAACUAGUGAUUCCUGUCUAAAAUUAGCCAAACAAAGUAUAUUUUAGAGGUAAUGAUUUUUUUCCUGGUUUUUAAAAUGUUUAUUAAAAAAAAAAAACUCCUUUAUAGCAAUCUAUUUUCCUCUGGGCAGGUAUUAAAUAUGGGUAAAAUAUUUUCAAUGAUAUAUAAAGAUUUGUGUAACAAAGGGUGAUUCAUUUUCUAAUGAAGCAAGCUGUUUACUAGCUUCUAGUGAUCUGCCUUCAAACUUUUCCUGUCUCUUUUUUAAGUACAUCUGAAAAAUGUUAACUAUUUUUGUUCCACUUGUGAUUCAGUUAAGUUUGUCAGAAAGUAGACUAACAUAAUUAAAUCAAUUAAAAGAGCUAGAUAAAUCUAAAGAAUAUUUAUGAAAUAAAUUUCUGUGUGAGCUUAAGAAUUCGAAUGUCAUGAAUAAAAGCUAAAUAACCAUC